AACAUAACAGUAAUAUUCAGGCAAAGAAAAUGCACGGUUAAAAUAACUGUAUGGAAAAACAAAUUUUGUUGAAAUAAUGUCUUGGUAUGUUUACAGUCGUAUACUUAUAGACAGAGGAAAAUGAAGUAGAAAUUUGAAAACAUCAACUGUGUCCCAUAACAAUGCUUCAAAGAGAACCAUGAUUUACCAGCCCACGGACCAAGAAAAGCAAGUUUCCACAAAGGAAAGCACAGCGAUCUCUAAAUCUGCAAUUUUCUUCACAUUGUUUUUUACAGCCUGGAUAUUUGUCAUUGUUGAAAAGUGCAUCACAGGCAACUGGAGCAUACUUGCAGUUCCGAGAUUUCCAAGUGAUAUCAACAGUUACUUUGACAUUAAAACCUUUUUUAUUCUCACCGUGUGGUUUGUCCUGCAGUGUAUACUGUACAUACUUCCGGUUGGUGGCGAGUUAGUUGAUGGACUCCAAAUUAAAGACUCGAGAAUAAGACUCAAAUAUCGACUGAACGCAUUCUUUGUAUUGACAAUAAACAUCAUAGGCUUUUUCAUAGCUUUAUUGUCUGGAAUUCAAGUGACAUCAGUGUCUGAUAAACUGCUACAGAUGACCACAUCUGGUGUUCUUUUGAUUCUUGUUUUCAGCAUUUUAUUGUACAUCAGAGCUGGCAUAUCUGCUAAAACUGGAAACUGUUUCAACGAUUGGUUCAACGGAGUAGAAUUAAACCCAAGAUGGGGGUUGUUCGAUUUGAAAUAUGUUUGUUUUAGAAGUGGCAUUAUAGGGUGGAUUUUAAUGAACUUUGUCAACAUAGCCAAGGCCUUCGAUAAUGGAAAUAGACCAUCCGUUACUUUACUGAUAGUGGCAGGCUUUCAACUUAUAUAUGUUACAGAUUAUUUUUGGUUUGAAGAUGGCAUCCUAGUUUCUAGGGAUAUUGUUCAUGAACACCUUGGAUACAAUUUAUUAGUACAGUUUUUGAUGAUCCCGUUCUGUUUUGCUGUACAAACACGUUACCUAAUGAUGACCAAAUAUGCAUUACCAUGGUAUUGUCUACUUGCCGUGAUGAUCUUAAAUUUAAUAGGAUAUUGGAUAUACAGAGGAAGCAAUUCAGAAAAGAACAACUUUCGAAAGAAUCCAAACGAUCCACAAUUCGCAGAUUAUGAAGUAAUUCCUACGUCAACUGGAAAGAACCUACUUGUUUCUGGAUGGUGGGGUAUAUGUCGACAUCCAAACUAUCUAAGCGAUUUAAUCAUUUCAUUGACAUAUGCACUGCCUACGGGUUUGACUUGUUUCCUGCCAUAUCUUAAUCCAUUGUUUUUGUUUGUGAUGUUAGUUGGAAGGGAACGUAUAGAUGGUGACGAAUGUAGCAGACGUUAUGGAGAAGCUUGGCAAACAUACUGUCAUCGCGUCAAAUAUAGAAUUAUUCCAUAUGUUUAUUAAAAUAAAAAUAUGGUGUUGGCAUAGUUAAAAAUUAUGUAAAAUAUAUUAGCAGUCCUUCAUCUAUCCCCAAGAAUUCACAUCAACAGGAUGUUGGAUAUAUCUGAACUCAUUAUCUGUACUACUAAGGAAAACACGAUUUUUGAAAAAUUAAACUGUCACUCAAAUUAUAAUUUGUUAGACGAUAAAUACCACAUGAUUUACAGGUGGUAAUUAUUGCAUAAAUGAAUCAAUAGAAUUGCACCAUUAAUCCAAACUUUAUAAAAGUACAUAAAACUGUGUAUUUUAUUAUAUGCUGAUGACGUUGUUGUUAUAGCAAACGAUGAAAAAGAGCUACAACUUCUGUUAAAUGCUUUAUCUACAUGAUGUGAAGACAAUUGUAUGACAAUUAAUGCAAACAAGAGUAACGUUGUACAUUUUAUAUUUUUUUAUUUACCAAAUUAGGGCCCCAGGAGGGCAUAUAGCAUACAAAAAAUAUUAUUAUAAACAAUAACAUAUGCAAUACACAGACAAUAGAUAUGUAACCUGUGUUAUAAAAACAAUAAAAUAGAAUAAUAUACUACAGAAAAUACACUCAACAAAAUAGUAGCACUGUAUUAUUAUUCAAUGAAUACGUACUAUGUUGACAUUGACUCAAGUGCACCCGGUAAGUGUAUUUUCACUUUGAAAGACAAACAAGAGGCAUUAGUAGUUUGUGCGGAGAAAUCUCAAUAUAAAAAAAAAACACAAAAAAAACCCAAACAAUUUAAGCACUUGCACAUUUGACUAUGAGGUAUACUGCAAAUAACAAGUUAGUAUAUUUAAUAAAGGAUAUUUAAUAUGACUCAUCUGCAAAAAGCACCAAGAGUCGGUGCUUAAAGGGAAGUCCCUACUUGUACUUAAUGCAGAUGAGUCAAACUCCUAAAUUAUUUAAAAUAUAUUUUAAAAACAUAUUUUUAAGAUUAUAGAUUCUGUGUCCAGCCAGCAAGGAUCAUCAAGGGACGGUGCCAGAGAAUUUGAAAUUCUUCUUAUGAUCUGUGCAGGCUUAACAGGUUAUCCAAAUUCAUAUUAAAGAGUUAUAUUGAAAUUGGUUAUUGCAGAUUAUGUUGUCCUUCAAUUCUUAGUAUCUUCUAUAUAUUUAUAAAAUGCAAAUAGUACAUUGGGAUCCUCAUUAUUCAUUAUCCAAAUUAAUUUGUUAUUAAUAUUUAAAUUUUGAAAGUUUGGACAUGAUUUUAAUAUAUUUUGCAUCAAUUCCUCUCUUUUUAAUAAAUGAGUGUCACAUUUAAAUAAAAAAUUAACUUCAUCCUCAACCUCACCUGAGGUGCACCUGAGACAAAUUCGGUUUUGUCGAAGAGUACCCUGGUAUCUACCAGAUUCAAUUUGCAAUUUGUGAGCAGAUAUUCUUAAUCUAGUAAUACAUUUCCUUUGCUCAAAAUGUCGCAUUAUUGACAAAUAAUUUUCAAAACCGAAGUUGCACUUGAAUGUUACAUAAGUUCGUAGUUUACCAUCUUUAUGUAUAUCUAGCUGUUUUUUUCCACAAUGCAGUAUAGUAUCCCUUAACAAUCUGACCACAGUGUAAUUUAAAUGUUGAAUAUUUUUCAGGAAUAUGCUUUUCUAUGCCUGACAUUUUUUCCCUUAAAAUAUUAAUUGAUCCAUACCAAGAGGGCUUUUUUGUUUCAAAUAGCUAUUUAGAACAAUUAUAUGCAGCUUUUAACAAGGGAAAUGAUGAGCCAAUAUUUUCUAAACGAUGUCAAUAUCCUAAAACAUGUUUGACUAUAUCACAGUGCAGUGGAAAACGGCCUAAUUCAGACAAAACUGCAAAGUUUGUACUUUUUCUAUUAACAUCUAAAAUAUAUUUGCAGAAUUUAAUAUGAAGUUUUUCACAAAGUAUCCUUGAGUAAAUUGUAUCCACCGAUAUGUUUUCUUUUUUUUAAACGUGCAGUAAAGGGAUUAAAAUAUCCCCAAAUUUCACACCCAUAUAAAAAUAUAGUCUUUAUUGUAUAGUCAAAAACAUGAAUUGCAUGUUUAAUAGUAGGAUUAUGCACUAAAAAAUCAAUACAUAAUUUGAAGUACGCUUUUAGGGCUCUUUGGUAUAAUCAUUCUGAGCAUAUGAAAAAGAACAUGAUGCAUUAAAUUGGAUACCAAAAUAUUUAUAAUUAGAUACACACUCCAGCUCAUCUUUGUUGAAAAUAAAUUUCUGAGAGAUAUGUCUGCCCGCCCUGUUGAAUAUCAACACUUUAGUUUUCUUAGUAUUUAUAUUUAAGCACCAAUCAUUGCAAAAAUCAUGAAGUUUAUUUAAUUUCUCUUGUAGUCCUUCUGCUGAGUUAGAUAAAAUUACAAUGUCAUCAGCAUACAUAAGGCAAUGAAUGAGUUUGCCAUCCAGCAUAAUUGGAUCUCUGGUUUGUGUAAAAUAAUCUGGAAGGCUAUUUAUAAAUAUUUUAAACAAGUUAGGACUCAAGUUAUCUCCUUGUUUAACACCAAGCGUGGUUUGAAAGAAUUCAGUUAUUCCAUCAUGUAUUUUUAUACAAGAUCUAGUUUCAAGAUACAUAUUCUUAAUAAAGCUAUAAAACCUUGAACUAACCCCAAUCUCUAACAGCUUAAUUCUAAUUCCGGUAUGUAUUACUUUAUCAAAAGCUUUAAGAAAAUCAACAAAGCAAGCAAACACUCUCCCAUCCUUAGUAUUACAGUAUUUAUCAAAAAUACAUUUUAAAACAAACAUAUGGUCAGAUGUUCUUGCCUUUCUUGUGAAACCUAUUUGACAAUCAUUAAUUACAUUAUUUGCUUCUAAAAAACUAUCCAACCUUAUAUUAAGUAUACUGUUAAAAAGCUUACCAAUUGCAUUAAUUAGUGAUGGUUAGUCCUCUAUAAUUAUUUGGGUCAGUGACGUCUCCUGACUUAUGUAAUACUGUGAUAUAACCUUCUGUCCAAUUUCUUGGGUAUAAACCAUGAGACGGACAAGAAUUAAAUAUUUUCGAAAGAGACGAUAAUAAAAUAUUUUGACUGUGUUUAAUCAUAUUAUUUGAAAUGUUAUCCAAGCCUGGUGAUUUGUUACAAUGUAGUUUAGAAAUGGCAAAAGAAAUUUCUUUCUCUGUUAUAAGUUUAUCAAGAUUAUUAAAACAAACAUUUUUUUCAAGAUUAUCUAGCUUUUUUUCAACUUAGCCACUCUUUCUUUGAAUGAAUCAUGUAUUUGAUAUAAUCCAUUGAAAUGUGAAACCCACGCAGAUGGUGCCACAGCAGAACUAUGAUCCUUAUUAUCAUUAUUUUUUAAAUCGUUAAUUAACUUCCAAUAAGAUUUAGGAUUAUCAUCAUGUAGAUUCUGUAACUGUUCAACAAGUGAUUUUUUAUGUUCUUUAUACUUAAAUUUUCUAAGUUUAGAGUAUUGCUUAUUAAGCUUAUAAUAGUGACCCCUCACUAUUGGGUCAUAAGGAAAUUUUGAAUAUACUUUACCGUAACUUAUUAAUUUGUUUCGGAGAUGGUACAAAUCUCCAUCAAACCAUUUUUUGUCUUUAUUUUCUAAUUGCAUAGUUUAUUACUUUUUAGAGAAUUAGUAGCAGCAGACAAGAAAAUAUGUGGUAAUUCUGCUGCAGCCUCAUCGACAGAGGAUUAAGACUCUUUGAUUAUACUUUUAUUAAAUGUGUCAAUUUGUGUUUGUAUAUCUGGUAAUAAUAUUUAGCUGUCUGAAAGUUUGUAGGUGAUUCAUCUGACCAUAUGAAGUUUGGAGAUUUAUCAAACAUAUUAAUAUUACAAUAAUUAUCAUCAACAGUAAAUUUACUUGACAUUUCCCAUUCCAGUAUACAAUGACAAUCUGAAAUAGUAGGUAUGAAGUUGUGAACAUAAAAAUAUGAAAUUUGAUCCAGAAUACUCUCCGACACCUUCACAUAGUCAACCACACUACUGCCAUUUGGCGUAUAACAUGUGUACUUUCCAAAAACAUCCCCUAUACCUAGAUCUGAUGUAAUUUUUAAUUGUAAUGGUCAUACUAUUAUGUUUUCAAGUAGUUAUACAUAUCUUGGUCUCGUUCUAAACGAGCAUUUGGACUAUAAUAUUACUGCAAAAGACGUUCAUCUUCAGCUAAUAGAGCUUUAGGGUUGGUAAUAGCCAAGUGUAAACUUUUAGGUGGUGUUUGUUUCGAUGUAUUUGUAAAAUUAUAUGAAAGUUUGGUUUGUCCUAUAAUAGAAUAUGGAGCAGGUAUAUGGGGUGUAAAAACAUAUUCUUGUAUUAACUCCAUACAUAAUAGGGCAUGUAGAUUUUUUCUUGGGGUAGGAAAAUAUGCACCAAAUGCUGCAGUCACUGGAGACUUAGGUAUAACACCUAUUUUUGAUAAGCAGUGGAGAAGUAUUAUUCGUUUGUGGUGUAGAUUAAAUAACAUGAGCUCAAAUCGGUUAAAUGCAAAAGUUCACAAGUGGGCUGAUAGUAUGAGUAUUAAGCAUAAUUGUGUUAAAAACUGGAAUUUUUUAGUAAGGAAAACCUUCUGUGAACUAAAUUUAAGUCAUUUAUCGUGUCCUGAAAAUAUGGACACUAACUAUGUUGUAAAACUUUUUAUGUCAAAAUUACACGAAAAACAUGUCGAUAAUUGGCAUGCAGUUUUACAUUCUGAUAAAUCUAUAUCGGGUAGAGGUACCGUGGCAAUAAGCUACGAACGUACAGAUUGUUUAAAGAAAAUUUUGAACCGGAGGAAUACUGCAAAAUAGAUUUACCUUUCAGUCACAGAAGUGCUUUCGCCAUAUUUAGAUGUGGUGUUGCUCCCCUAAGGAUUGAAACAGGGAGAUAUGAAAAUAUUGUUUUAGAAAAAAGAGUGUGCCAUAUAUGUGACGUUUUUAUUGAAGAUGAAGCGCAUGUUUUAUUAAGAUGUCCUCUUUAUGACGAUAUUAGAAACCAUUUAUAUUAUGUUGCUAAAACUUUUAAAGAAAAUUUUAAUACUUUAGAUGAUAACCAAAAGUUAGUGUUUUUAUUCUCAGAUGUAAGUAUGAUACGUGUGUGUGCCAAAACCUGUCAUUUAAUUUUAAAAAGGCGUAGACAUUUUAUAUAUUGUAAAUAGUAUUUUAUUUCAUAUUGUUUAGUGUAUUAUAUCUAUGCAUUUUAAUAGUCUCUAAUAAUUCUGUAUAGAAUGGCUCUCAUUUUAUUUGGUGUUAUUUUACAAUGUAUAAAGAUUGAUUGUACUUGUUGAGAGAUGAGACUUAAAUAAAACAUUGAAUUGAAUUGAUAUAUUCAAUCAUUUGUGUAAUUCUAUGAUAUGAAUAUAUAUAUACAUGCAAGAAGAAUAAAAGAUGACAUAACAGA